GCAAUAACAAACUAAGGAAACGCUUACGCUGGCCACGACACACCAGAGCUCCUUUUAUGGAAUGGAACAGCAUUUAAGCCUCUAUAAGCAUCCUUCGCAGUUGUGCUCUGCGGUAUCGACGUACUUGAAGCGGAGGGCGAAGGACAGGACCCUUCCACUUGACUGCCCACUCGUGCUUCUGAUCCCUUCUUUCGCCCCGAGCAAUCCUUUAGGCUCCAUGGCCCGACUAAACUCAAGGGAGCCUUCUAGCUCUCUCUCCUCUGGAACGACUACGACUCCCCACAUAUCGCGCUCUGAACACGAGACUACACCCCUGCUCAUGCCGAUGCCGAUGCGAGAGUCAGACAGUCCCCGCGAACCGGUGGUCAGUCGGAAGGAGCUGUGGAGCUACUACCUGUAUUGGAACGGCGACUGCGGCCUCGGACCCGCACUCUCGAUGACGCUGUUCCAGUCCCUCGCCUUCGCGGCGGGCCACGACCCCGCGAAGGGCCCCGGCUCGUCCUGCUCGGGCUCGACGUCGGGAAAGUGUGUCCUGCCGUGGGCCGGGGGCGGCACCAAGCCCGUCUCGAGCGUCGUGCUGAUCGCCAACGGACUCAGUUUCACCGCCAUGACCGUGAUAUUCACGACACUGUCCAGCGCGGCAGGCAAGUCCUUCGCGACCCCGAGUAAGUACGUGCCUAAAACCGACGCAGAUUACGGGAACCUCGGGCGCUGGCUGCUCCUUAUCUCCACGCUCGUGUGCUGGACCGCCCAAUUCGCUACCCUGUCCUUAACAAGUCCGUCCCGGUGGGGCAGCGCGAUGGCGCUCUACAUGGCCAGCUUCGUCUCCUACGGCGCGACGCUGGUGUUCGCCAAUGCGGUCUUCCCGCGCCUCGCGCGCAACACGCGCCGCUCGCGCGGCCUCCAGGAGCAGCUCGCGCGCGGGGAGAUCACCCGCGAGGAGUGCGAGGUCGAGACGAGUCUCGAGAAGAACCGGAUCAGCAAUAUCAGCAUCGGCCACGCCAAUAUCGGAUAUACGGUGACGCAGUGUCUGAAUUUGGGGAUUCUGAUCGCGCUGGCGGGCAAUCGGCUCGUCAACAACUACACGAUCGUCUUAACCAACACAUACUGGGUUGUAUUGGGAAUGUGGUGGUUCAUUUGCCAACAGCCGCGGCCCGGUCCGCCUCUUCCUCCCAAGCAGAGUUAUCUGACCGUAGGAUGGCAGCAGGUCUGGGUCACCUGCAAAGAAUACCAGCAACUGCCCAACACCUUCAUCUAUCUAUUCGCUGUCUUCCUGCUCUCUGACGGAUUGAACACGACCUGGGCCAUGGUCGCGAUCUGCCAGAAUAACCAGUUCUCGUUCAGCUUCCUGCAGAAUACGUACCUUGGGCUCGCGCAGUCCGUCACGUCUGUGAUCAGCACGUUCGGGUUCUGGUACAUCCAGAGACACUGGAAGAUCGCGACGAAGCGGAUGUUUCUCGUAACGGUCGUCGUGACGGUGAUGAUACCGCUGUGGGGCAUGGCCGGGAUCUGGACCCACUCCUUCGGCUUCCGCAGACCCUGGGAAUUCUGGAUGUACAACAUCGUCGCCGGCCUGCUCCAAGCGCCGUAUUACGCGUUCUCGACGACGAUGAUGGCCGAGCUAACGCCGCCGGGCUACGACAACAUGUUCUUCGGCCUUUUCGGGCUCUCGAACCGCGUCAGUUCGCUGAUCGGGCCGAAUGUCGUCCAGGCGAUCAUCAACGCGUCGGGGGAUGACUGGAUGGCGUUCCCGUUUCUGUUCUCGCUCUGCCUCGUGGCGCUUCUGAUCAUCUGGGUCGCUGUCGAUAUGAGGAAGGGGCAGAGGGAUGCUGUCGCGUGGGCUGGGGGGAUGCGACGCAGCAGCUGAAUACCGGGGACGAAGAAGAUACAAAGGACUCUGAAUCUGAACCUCCACGUGAUAAAUUGAACACCGAUCAUGUGAUGGGUUGACAAAUCGUUAUUCGACCCAAGCGCAUGAAUAUUAUUACUGAGACUGCGGAUUUGCACCGAGAGAUGAAGGGCUAGGACACCGGAUCUCCACACCGUUGUACGGUCCUGAAUCCAGACGGUCAGUGCCACCUCGACUGCUUGACUCCAAACGAGGCUCACCCGCAUGGUCCGAGGUUUUUCCCUGGAGCAGCGUGGGGACGGCGCCUGCUGUGCACAGCUUGCUUGUGUUGUCGACCCCAGGGCAGGCGUACCACGUGCCUGAGUCCUGUGCGGCAUUGGCAUUAGUCGGCGCUAGGGGGGUGUUCUAAAGGGAAAGACACUUGCGUCGAUGUGGAUCUCGCCGGUCGGCUGGCGGUAUCCCAGCCAGGAUCCUAUUUUUCGUGCGUCAGUAUGCCCUGAGCUGGCUGACUUGAUGUGAUGGGACUACCUGGCAAAACGGGGACCAGAUCUUCUCUGUUGCUGACGUGGCUGACGGUGUUACUGGAGCUGACGAACGACGCAAAGGCAGCAUUCCCGACCUGUGUAACACAUAAGCUCGCGGUGCCGUGGAAUAUAGGGAAGACUCGCUUGUGGGAGCCCGUACAGGAUCGUCUUGAAUGUCACCCCGGGGAGCUGCAGCGGGAGAUACGCCGCGUCGAGCAGACUGAUCGCGGCACCUGAUCCGGCGCCGCGUCAGGACGGGGGAGCCGACGCAUCGAGACAGGAGCCGACGCACCCAAGCUGUGGCCGACAAUCGUCACCUUGGACAGCCCGGAGACAGACAGAGCGUGUUUGACGGUGGACAGGAUCGUCUCCGCGGUCCUGCGCCGGGGGGCGUGAGCCGCGGGCCUCGGUCCAGGACGCCGAUGCUCACCUGGCUUGUGCGUUCGCGAACCCGCUGUGCACGCGGAUCCCGGCGGGGAUGUUCGGGAAGAGCGUGGCGUUGAGCGGCCCGAGGGCGAAUGUGGCAUCGGUCAGGAUGGAGAGACUGCGGGGGGGUGAGUUAAGUGACGGAGUGAAUUGAAGCACGCCGCACAUGUUGUUGCUUGUGCCUUGGUGCGCGACCACGACCGUCUGCAGCGCUGCGUCGUAUCCGACGUACCAGAACUGCGUCGCGCCGCCGUCGCCGCCAGACGCAAUCGGCUUGAAGCCCGGAUUCGCGUCGCAGUUCGCUGUCCGCCUGGUUUGCACUCGAGAUCCCAAGCAGCCCCGGAGAGACACACGCACUGCUGCAGUUCCACGCGAGGGUCGUGUUCGGCGGGCAGUACGCCGCGGCCGCGUAGUACGAGUACGGCGUGAACAAGUCGAUCUCGGCGUCGGUCAGUGCCGUGAUGUUCGCGUCCGCGGACUGGCGCGGCGCCAGCGGGUUCGCGUUCGCAGCGAGGAGGAGGACACCGAAGGGGAGCAGCGCGGCCGCGAGACGGGAGGCCAUGACCAGGAGCGGAGCAGCGCCCUGGUCGCCGAGGAUGCUCGUCUUAUAUUUGAACUACUGGACCUACUGCUUACCCACGCGACCGCGGAUCCCCAUGUGAUCGCGGUGCCGACACCGAUGCCUGACGACGGACCUUUGCGGGAUCAAUUAGGAAGUGCGCUUCGAGACAGCAUGUUCCAGGUGAGAAGAGAGCUCACAAACAAUGGAGACCGUCUAUCUGGUCCACAAUCUUCGAGAUUCUGAGCUGAUUCGCUGUAUCAUCUAUUUCUUGAUCGGAUGAUGGCCUCGCAGGAGACUUCCGGAAGAUCAUCACGUGAGGUAGAUCUAGAUCCGCCUGUGAUGCGAUUUGACUUGCGAGACACAAUUCGACACUUUUGUUGAUUUUAUCUUACAGUAUGGUUUUUUCUCUCAUGGCGACUCACUAGCUCUAUGAACACUGCGAAGACAUGCCGAAUUUUUU